AUGGCACUCGAUCUCAGUCUGUAUUUGGUGACAGACUCCACACCUGCGAUUCUCAGGGGCCACGAUAUCUGCAAAGUGGUCGAAGAAGCUUUAAAGGGCGGAGUCACGGUUGUCCAAUACAGAGACAAGAAAAGUGACACGGGCGACCUUGUGAAGACAGCCAAGAAGCUUCACGAAAUCACAAGGAGAUAUAAUGUCCCGCUUAUCAUCAAUGACCGCGUCGACGUUGCGAUAGCGUCUGGGGCGGAGGGUGUUCAUUUGGGACAGGAUGAUAUGAGUACGACCAAACCCAGUCGAAUUAGGAGACACGCUGUGAAGGCUGUCGAAGAGGGGGCUGACUACCUGGGUAUCGGCACGAUAUUUGCCACGCCGACCAAGACAAACACCAAAUCCAUAAUCGGCACAGCAGGAGCAAAGAUCAUUCUCGACAGUCUGAGCCGCCUCGACCGAUCCGUCAGCACCGUGGCAAUCGGCGGUAUAAACUUGUCCAAUGUACAGCGCGUGCUGUACCAGUCUGCCGGACAAUCCGGAAAGCAACUCGAUGGAGUAGCUGUGGUCAGCGCAAUCAUGGCUGCCGAUGACCCGAAGUCUGCAGCUGAGGAAAUCAAAAAGAUCAUGGCUGUCCCGCCGCCAUUUGCUACAAGGCAGUUAUCCUCUCCUCGCGAAAGCGAACUUGCUACCGAUGUGCCAGGCGUCGUGCAGCAGGUCGUGACUGCUCACCCAAUUGUGCACAGCAUGAUCAAUUUCGUGGUUGCGAAUUUCGUCGCCAAUGUGGCUAUUGCAGCAGGCGUAUCCCCUAUAAUGUCUCAAUACGGCGACGAAGCUAAAGACCUUGCGGUCCACGGCGGUGGUCUAGUCAUCAACAUGGGCACUCUAACAAGCGCCAGCGUAACCGAGUAUCUCAAAGCAAUCAAAGCAUACAACAGCAACGGGAACCCUGUCGUGCUCGAUCCUGUGGGUGCCGGUGCUACUGCGAUUCGUCGCGGAGCAGUCAAGACUCUAAUGGCAGGUGGAUAUUUUGACCUUAUCAAGGGCAACGAGCGAGAGAUUAAGGAAGUCUAUGGAAAUACGACCAACGAGCAGGGCACACAGCGCGGCGUGGAUAGUGGACCGAGAAACGUCGUCCUCCUUACAGGGUCCACCGACUACCUGAGCGAUGGCAACCGGGUCAUCGCCGUGAAAAAUGGCCACGAACUUCUCAGUCGAGCGACGGGGACCGGCUGCGCAGUCGGCACUAUCUGCGGUGCCUACCUAGCAGCUUUCCGGGACGACAAGUUACUUGCCGUUCUCGCAGGACUGCUGAUGUACGAAAUCGCAGCUGAGAAUGCUGCAGCCAAGGACACAGUGCAAGGACCCGGCACGUUUCUGCCUGCUUUCCUCGACGAGAUUUAUUCUAUAGUGCAAAAGGCGUCGCAGGGUGAGCACACGUGGUUUGAGGGCAGAGCCAAGAUUGAGCAUAUUGCUCUAUGA